AUGAUUGCAGAACGGGAACUCUCUCUAUCUCUCACGGUUCUUCUCACUCGCUAUGAAAGAGUAGCUGAAACACACACACACACACACACACACACACACGCGCACACACACACGAUUGCUUCGGCCCGCCUUCGAUUUCUCUCCCUCCCCUCUGUCUUUCCUCUGUCUUUCCCUCACUCUUCAGGAAAUGAAGAGACUUUGCCACCUGAGCCUGCUGCUCAGCCGCUUUCGUACUUGUGUUGUACAAUGUUGUACGAUUCCUUCCUUCUCAGCUUCUCCUCGAUUUACUCGCACUGCCCUUGCCACACGCCCCUUCUCGCUGACUUUUGUUUUUUCCAUCUCUCCAGCUUUCAAGAUUGUUUUGGAGCAAGGGGGCUGCGUUUCAAGCAAGCCAUUCCCUCUCUCGCCCCUCUCCUCUUUGUUCUUCCCACUGAGUGCUUUGCGCGGGAGCUGCCUUGUACUGGCAGCCCUGCAGCACUGCAGCAAGACCACAUCGCGUCUUCUUGUCACUGCCUUCUUGUCCUCUGCGCUGGUUCCGCGAUGGCGUGGAGCACGACCGAAUUUUGUUAA